AUGAGUCGACAGGCCCCUCUCCGAGUAGCUGUCGUCGGAACGGGAUUGGCCGGGCUUAGCACCGCAUAUCUCUUGCAAAAUGACGAACAACAACGAUAUGCAGUGACCUUAUUUGAACAGGCUGAGAGCCUGUCUUUCGACUCAGCAUCGGUUGCAAUUCGAGAGGAGAGCUCGGGCAGUAUUGAGAGGAUCGACCUUCCAAUGCGCGCACUCGCCGGAGGAUAUUAUCCCAACGUGAUGCGCAUGUAUGACCACUUGGGCAUCCCGUAUCAUCCCAUCCGCUUCUUGUUCUCAUUCGCCAAAUCACUGCCUGCACGCAAGCCUGAUACGAUAGCAUCGGGAAAGAACCAGGCAACUCUGGAUGGCGCCAGCGGAGUGCCUGGCGAGUACUUUGUCCACGCAUCCAAUUUGCACCAAGUCCCACCUUGGCCGGGAAACCGCGGGAUUUUGGCGCAUUUCGUAGAGAUACUGUGCCUGAUCAUAUGCCAGUUCUGGUUCACAGUGGCAUGCUUCAUGGUGCACCCCUUGACUGAGGGGUCUGAUGGGGGAGAGACAUUUGGCGACUAUCUGAGAAGGAUAUGGCUACCGCGACGGUAUGCCACGCACUACCUUCUCCCACUCAUGAGCAGCGUUUCGACGUGUACGCAUGCUGAGCUUCUGGCGUUCCCUGCCAGUGACGUUGUCGAGUACAAGAAACGCUCGCAUGGACAACAGCACUACACUGUCUGCGGCGGUGUCCACCAAGUUGAAGGAAGAUUGGCAAAAGAAAUGGAAGACGUCCGAUUAGGAGCGUGUGUUGCAGAGGUGGCCUCAACGGCUGAUGGAAGAGUGAGACUCCGCUGGCAGUCGACGGAGAACGCAGCUGGACAGAUUUUGGAUGACGUAUUCGACCGGGUUAUUCUCGCUGUGUCGCCGGAUGUGGCUGGCAAGAUCUACCAACCCCUACGCGACAUUCUCGAGCCAUUGCCAACAAUCCGCGUGGAGAGCUCAGUUCUCCGUCCGAUCGAUGCAAGACCAAGCCAGUCGUUCACUCUCAUGGAGGAUGAAGGGAGACAUCCGAAAGCUUGUUCACAUCAUCGUGGAAAUGUCAUGCCGCCCCAAGUUAUCUGUCUCAGAACCGACUUUUCCGCAAAAGAAGCUGCGCGGACAGAGGCUUUACAUACAAUGCCUGGAGGAACAGUCGUGAGCACUUGCCCGCUUAACGUACAGGCCGAUGCGAAGAGGGUACUGCGGACAGCAAGGUUUACGAGGACCUUGAGGACGUGUCAGAGUAGGGCAGUUAUCCGAAAGAUCAUGGGUGAGGACAGGAAUCUGGACAAGAAGAAUGACCAGACCGCCGGCAUGGGUGACUGGACCAAUGGACAAGAUAAUGUGUGGUUAACCGGGGCGUGGUGCUGGGAUGGAAUGGUUCUACUUGAAGGGACGAGUGCCGACAACCUACGCAUUACAGAUUUCGAGACAGCCUGUCGCAAUUUGCUUUUGGAGGUGCUCAAAGAAGCUCAGAUUUGUAAAGAUGUAGUUCGGUCUUCGGCAAUAUCUAUUCUAGACCUAGGUGUUGGCUGUGGUGACCAGUCCCUGGAGCUUGCACUACUAAUUAACGAGCGAGGUGUGACCAGCUAUCGAUACAUAGGGCUCACUCUCAACGAGUCCCAGUAUCGAUUGGCCUCAAAUAGAGCCCAAUUGCAGGCUCAAAAGCUCAAAUCAGAAGAUGGAAGUGUUGAGGUAUUUUGCGCUGACGCUGCCAACCCCGACACCUGGGGCGCGCACGUAAAGUCUGCAAUCAGAUCUUUGAAGGAGGACAGCGCCGACCAACAACGAUGGGUUCUAGCGCUUGACAGCCUGUACCACUUCUAUCCCUCCAGAAAGCCAAUCUUCAACUAUGCCGCGCAGACACUCGAUGCCUCGUUCAUGGCCUUUGACUUGAUACUGAGCGACGGAGCGUCUUUACGACAGAGGUUCCUCGUCAACCUCAUUGGCCUGGCGAUGGGUUGUCCUGCUGCUGCUUUUGUUACAGUGUCAGACUACAAGAAGCAGCUCCUUGACGCGGGUUAUGAUGAAGAUGAUAUCCAUUUCAAAGAUAUCACGGAACAUGUCUUCUCUGGUCUCGUCAGUUAUAUCAACAGUCAGAGUGAAGCGUUACAGCCGUUUGGGAUCUCAGCGGGGAAGUUCAAGGUUGCAGCAAUGGUGUUUGACUGGUUCGCUGAGUCAAACGCAAUGAGGGGAACAAUUGUGAUUGCGCGCAAGAGAUCCAAAACCCAAGGAGAAGCAUCGGAUAUGAAGGGAAGAGCAAAAGGAAUCUCCAUUUGA